AGAUCAUGGAAGCCUUGAAGCCGCAUCUUGACCCCAACUCCACAGUACUUGUGAUAAGACCCGCAGAUGUAACUGUAGACAGUCUACAGCAUGCUAUGUCCUCCCUCGAGGGAAUUUCAGUAUCAUUCGAACUUUUGGAGAGAUUGGCCGCAUCAGAUACACUGUAUAAUGUUGUUGUUCUGGGAUUGUUUCGGGCAGAGAAAGAUGUAGACUAUGAGUUGAUCCAGAAAUCCAUGAAACCUAGCGGAGUAAUUGCUAUUUUCAAUGGUGAUAAUUCUUCUUUAUCCUUAGACUUGUUGAUUAAUGGAUUCAGUGACUCGCAGCAAAUUUCUCAGACACUUACAAUCGCUAAAUCACCAGCGUCUGCCUUUGGGACAUCCACAGCAAUAAAAUCAGCCCCAAAAGUGUGGAAGUUAGACACUGAAGACGAUCUGGACGACCUCAUAGAUCCGGACGAUUUGUUAACUGAAGAAGACAAAGUUGCACCCAACAAAACCACCUACAAAUGUGGGCCUAAAAGCGAUAAGAAGAAAGCGUGUAAGAACUGUAGUUGUGGUUUUGCGGAGGAACUGUCGGGGGCUCCUGCUCCAGAGUUCAAGUCAGCGUGUGGCAGUUGUUAUUUGGGAGAUGCGUUCAGGUGCGCCAGUUGUCCCUUCCUUGGUCAGCCCGCCUUUAAGCCUGGUGGUGAUGUUAAACUAGCACUGUGAACACUACCCGGUAUCCCGCCCUCACAGAUACGCUGCAAGUCACUGUAAUCAAGCUCUUUCAUUUAUCUUAACUAUUUAUCUGAAGUUUCUCUGGUUUAACAUCGAUGGAGAUUGUAGUGUUGAUAAAAGAUAUGGAUGAAUUUUCAUUACAUUAU